AUGAACAACUUGUCACAAUUGAACACCUCAAACAGCAGCUUGCAGACUGCAGAUUGCAUUGCUGAGGCCCAGCACAUCUCUCUCACUGUAUUUAUCACCCUGGUCUUCAUGGUGGGAUUUUGCCUCAACGGUUUCAGCCUGUGGGUCUUCUGUUGCCGCAUGCCCCAUUGGAACUCUGGGACGGUUCUACAAUUCCACCUGGCCCUUAGCGAUGCUCUCGCCACUCCAGCCACCAUCAUGGCAGCUGUGUAUUUUGCCAAUGACAGCAGCUGGCCAUUUGGGAGGUUUCUGUGUCAAGUGAAGAUUGGUCUACUCAGCGCACAUUUUUAUGGGAGCACCUUGUUUCUGAUGCUCAUCAGCAUCCACCGAUACAUGGUGGUGGUCCAUUUCAAUCGGAGUAGCCUCAUGAAGCAAAAAACCUUCGUCAAAAAACUCUGUGGUGGGAUCUGGAUUUUUUUGCUGGCAAAAGGCAUCAUCUAUGCCAACCUUCUCCCAUCCAGCACUGAAAAGUCACGUCGCGUACAAUGCCUCACCAUUCAUCAGGAAAAACUUGUAGAUGCCUACUUUGUUAUUAAUUUCAUUCUCUUCAUUGUUGGCUUCCUUCUACCAUUCUCUGUCUCAGCCGCCUGCUAUGGUCUACUUGCUAGCUCUGUGUCUCAAAUCAACCCAAGCACGGCCCAUGGUCCAGCAGUCAAGUCAAAGUCCCUAAGGAUGAUUGCUGUUUGUCUUCUGAUAUUUGGACUGUGUUUCCUGCCACUGAAUGUCACCCGAACUAUAGGAGUAGUGGUGAAGAGGUUCUACUCAGACAGUUGUGAUGUUCUUCGACGAGUGGAGACUGCUUAUUAUGUUUCUUGGAUCUUGGGCGGUGUUAACUGUUGUCUGGAUCCUCUCAUCUACUUCUUCGGCUCAAACAAUUUCAGGAGAAUGAUUUGGAGGUCUCUCAAGAUCUCACGAGAGGAAAAUAGGAAUGAGUCAGAGACAAUUAGCCAAACUGGUCGGAGAGUUGUAAUCAAUAAUGGCACAUAA